GAACGAAGAAGACGCAAACCGGAACUUACGCCAAAUGUUGUCAUGGCGUCUCACAUGUAAAUGAACGAGCUUCAGAAAUUGAAUAAAACAUCUUAAUAGGAGAUUUGAAGGUAAAAAUAAUCUAACUGGCUGUCCAACUCCCAGGACCAAAACAUGAGCACUCAAUACAGCAUUCUUUUCAAGCAAGAACAUGCACACGAUGAUGCUAUCUGGACAGCAGCAUGGGGUAAAAGUGAAGCGGACGUGACAGAAACGAUUGUCACUGGUUCACUAGAUGAUAUGGUGAAAGUGUGGAAAUGGUCAGACGAGAAGCUGGAGCUGCAGUGGACUCUGGAGGGCCACCAGCUGGGUGUGGUGUCAGUGGACAUCAGUCACAACGGAGCCAUCGCUGCCUCCAGCUCCCUCGAUGCCCACAUCCGUCUCUGGGACCUGGAGUCAGGAAAACAGAUCAAGUCCAUGGACGCAGGGCCAGUCGAUGCGUGGUCGGUCGCCUUCUCCCCAGACUCUAAGUACAUUGCCACAGGAAGUCAUCUUGGCAAGGUCAACAUCUUUGGUGUGGAAAGCGGCAAGAAGGAAUAUUCUCUGGACACCCGAGGAAAAUUCAUCCUGAGUAUAGCUUACAGCCCUGAUGGAAAGUAUUUGGCCAGCGGAGCUAUCGAUGGAAUCAUCAAUAUCUUUGACAUCGCCACUGGAAAGCUGCUCCACACACUGGAAGGUCACGCCAUGCCCAUCAGAUCCCUCACUUUCUCCCCCGACUCACAGCUCCUGGUCACAGCAUCCGAUGACGGCUACAUCAAAAUAUAUGACGUGCAACAUGCCAACCUGGCCGGCACACUGAGUGGACAUGGAUCCUGGGUCCUUAAUGUCGCCUUCUCCCCGGAUAACACCCACUUUGUCUCGAGCUCAUCCGACAAGAGUGUGAAGGUUUGGGACGCCAGCUCCAGAGCGUGCAUCAACACUUUCUUCGACCAUCAAGACCAGGUGUGGAGUGUGAAAUACAACAGCACCGGCUCAAAGAUCAUCUCAGCUGGAGACGAUCGCGCCAUCCACAUCUAUGACUGCCCCAUGUGAUGGAUGACGUCCAGAACAGGCUGCAGGAGUGAGAGUCUUCAGAGCUGUUUACUCAAAUCAUGCAUUUGAAGUUGUUAAUUAGGGGAGGAAGGAGAUGAGCUGUACAUUUAAUGGAUGUUUUUUUUUUUUUUGCACUGGCCCACUGGUCAAAUAAAGGGGUUGCUUUUUUACUUUG